GACUUUUCUCGAAGCAAAACUUUUUUCUCCUGCUGUGCGGAUUUGGGAAUCGCCACGAGCAAAAAGCAACACUGCAGUAACUCGCCUUUAGAUUAGUCAUCAUGAGUGUCCUGCCCCCUGUCCGGAAAGACCGCAUCAUUGCCCAGCUCCCUAUGUUCUUCACUAAAGAAGCCGCAUUACACACUAAGGAUGAAUUCAACCCCAAAGUGAAGACAGCCUGCCAGCAACAAAAGACUGGCACAGUGGGGUUUAAAAUCUCAAAGGUCAUUGUAGUGGGUGACCUAGCUGUGGGGAAAACCUGUUUGAUUAAUAGGUUUUGUAAGGAUGCGUUUGACAAGAACUACAAAGCAACUAUUGGUGUUGACUUUGAGAUGGAGAGGUUUGAGGUACUUGGGGUGCCUUUCAGCCUGCAGUUAUGGGACACUGCAGGGCAGGAAAGGUUUAAGUGCAUUGCUUCCACCUACUACAGAGGUGCUCAAGCUGUCAUAAUCGUCUUUGAUUUGACGGAUAUAGCAUCUUUGGAGCAUACAAGGCAGUGGCUGGAGGAUGCCCUGAAAGAGAAUGACCCAACCGGCAUACUACUCUUUUUAGUUGGUACCAAGAAAGACCUGAUCUCCCCUGCCCAGUACUCUCUAAUGGAGAAGGAUGCUAUCAAAAUGUCAGAGGAAUUAAAAGCGGAGUACUGGGCUGUAUCAGCUUUAUCAGGUGAAGGUGUGAGGGACUUUUUCUUCCGCGUUGCGUCACUUACGUUUGAGACCAACGUUUUGGCAGAGCUGGAGAAAAGUGGAUCGAAACGCAUCGGUGAAGUUGUCAGAAUAAACAGCAACACAAACAACUUAUAUGCAUCUUCGAAGAAGAAGCAGCCCAACUGUUGCCAGUGA